CACCUCUCAUUUCAACACCCACCGUCCCACACUUUACCCAAAACUUUUCAAGUUCCAAAACAACCCCACAUUCCAAAUUCCAAAAUGGUGAUGAAAAAUGAUUCACCCAAGCCAAAGGCUGCCGCGGUGACUGAAGUUCACUACCGUGGAGUGAGAAAGCGGCCGUGGGGAAGGUAUGCGGCCGAGAUUCGUGACCCGGGAACUAAAACCCGGGUCUGGCUGGGUACCUUCGACACGGCCGAAGCGGCCGCAAGGGCUUAUGACGCCGCUGCCUUAAACUUUCGCGGCUCCAAAGCCAAAAUUAACUUCCCGUCCACGUUGGAAGUCAAUAGUCUGAGUAGCACAGUGGAGUCUUCGAGCCGGGAGAGUGAACGUAACGCUGACACGGUGGAACAUGAUGUCGGUGGUGGUUAUAGGUAUUUUGUGAAUGGGAACCAGCCGACGGUGGGUUUUGUACCGUACGCGCCGCCGGUGAUGGUUUAUAGACAGCAGUACCCGAUCCAUUUUGACGGUGGAUAUGGUGGUAGGGCGGAGAGUGAGUCGGGGUCGUCGGUGGCGGAAUAUGUCCCACGCGACACGAGUUCAUCCAACAGAGAGCUUAACCUUGAUCUAUGUUUAGCUCCGCCAACAGUAGAAGUUUAACUUUUUUUAUUAAGAAAUGUUGUUUACUAGUUGAAUUGAAAGGGAAAUAUAUGGAGUGAUUUCUCUUUAUUGAUUAAUUUUGUAAUUAUUUUUGAGGAAUGGAAAUGGAUUUUAACUAUGUUA